AUGAACAAGCACCUGGCGCUCUGUUCCGUAGCCGUCGUGGUGUUCCUGGUCGCGUUCCUGGGGCAGGCCAGGUGCCAGCCGCCGCGCCCUGAAGUGGUCGGAUGGCUGAGCGGCGUCAUCCCGUUUCACAAGGACGCCAUCGCCACAUCGCUGGUGUGGAGAAGGGAGUCGAUGUGCCCCAAGCUGCUCAUGUGGAUGCGGCCCUCCGAGUACCGGCCUCAAGACUACAUCUCGCCCAGCAUGUUCGGCGAGGGCUUCCCCGGCUUCAACCCCGCCUUCGAGACUCUCGUGAUGGGCGGCUUCAAUCUCGGCAGGCUGGACGAGAGCGGCUGGUCGCCGUAUGGUCCGGACAACCUGCGCGAGAACACGCAGCUGGUGGACGUGUGCGGUCUGCAGACGCUGAUCGACACCGGCCGCUUCGACGACGUUCGCGACAUUCGUUUGCUGAACGACGACGACAUGAGCGCCACCGACCCUUACUUCCGUGACGCCGGCUACUCGCAAGGAUUGGCCCAAAACAUCUUCUGUGCCGGCAACUCGGCCGACGCCAAGGGUCGCAUCAUUGCUGUGGGCGGUCACGAUAAGGGUGGCAACAACGGCAUCAGGAAGAUCAUCAUCUUCGACCCCGAGACUGAAAUGUGGCUCGACCGUCCGGUCCCCUGCGUCCGCGCCCAGUGGGAGAUGGACCCCACGGGCACCCUCUUCCCGCACUGCAGCCCGCUGGUCGACCACAACACCGACCCGCUGUCCUCGUCCGACAUGAAGUACCAGCGAUGGUACCCGACCUCCGUGCUCAUGCCCGACGGCAGCAUCCUCAUACUCUCCGGCACCGAUCAAGACACCCGCGACCCGGACAACGCCAGCGCGACCAAGGUGCGCAUCGCCACGCCCGAGGUCUACGACCCGGUCACCGACCGCAACGUCCAGCUCGAGAACGCCCGGCGGCUCCAGCCCAUGUACCCGCGCUCGUUCGUGGUCCAGACCGGCAGGGAGUGGACCGACUGGGUUGUGUGCUCCGUCGCCAAGGUGGUCCCUCCGUUGCCCUCGCCCGAGAACAUCAGCCAAUUCGACCCGUGGCGGUACGACGGCAGCACGGCCUGCCUGGACGUUCAGGCCGCGCUGGCCGACCCCGACCGCGACUCGCCGGCAGAGGGGGGCUACUGGACCGAGGUCGACCGGGCGCAGUCGGCGCACGACUCCGGCGCUGCGGUCUUCAUGGUCGAUAUCCGCAGCAGGACGAAGUGGUCCCAGCGGGCCUUCCUCUUCGGCGGCGACACCGGCAACGGCACCAACUCGGCCGCGGCCGAGCGAAUCGACUUCUCGCUGGCGAGGCCCCGCUGGGAGCGCAUGGACGACCUGCAGGUCGCCACCACGCAGAACAACGCCGUCGUGCUUCCCGACGGCAGCAUCCUGGUGGUGGGUGGUCAGGACAGCAACUACAUCCAGCACUACGACCCCGACACGGGCCGCCGUACCACACUGCUGUCGCACGUCGCCCCGCGACACGACCACUCGACGGCGCUGGUCAUGCCCAACGGCGGCGUGUGGAUCAUGGGCGGCAACAGGGUCGACCUGCUCCCGCAGCAGGAGGUGAACCGGUCGGUCCCGGUGCUGGAGUACUACAAGCCGGCCUACUUCUUCAAGGGUCCCGCGCCGGUCAUCACCGAGGCCGACGACCACAUGCGCUACGGCGAAUCGUAUAAGAUCGGCUUGGCGGCCAAGGCGUCCGACAUCGCCUCGGUCGUGCUGAUCCGCACUGGUCCGAUCACUCACAAUUGGGCGUGGGACAAUCGCUACGUGCGCCUGCCGUUCGACGCCUCCGGAAGGCAACUCAAGGUCAAGGCUCCCCCGCUGCCCGGACUCGCCCCGCCUGGCGACUACCUGCUGUUCGUCGUCGGCGAGAAUGGCAGGCCCGGCGAAGCCCGGCGCAUCCGCAUGGGCUGA